AUGGCUGAAGGGCUCGGCGUUGCGUCGAGUGUUAUCGCUGUGGUCGACCUUUCGGCCAAGGUGUUUUCGCUAUGUCUUCAAUAUUCGCGAGAGGUAAAGAACGCCAAGGACGAUGUUGAAAGGCUUAGUGCAGAAGUUGCCGCUUUCCAAGACACCACGAAGAAGCUCCAGGCUCUCGUUGAAGGACCCCGUGGCCAAGAGCUAGGCGCUUCGCGGCAGUUGAGAUCUACGAUCGAGGACAGCCUUUCAAGAUUGGAAAAGCUCGGGCAGCAGCUUCAAACUCCAACUCACCGAAAGGUAAUGAGUAAGUUUGGUGCGCGUGCGCUCAAAUGGCCCUUCAAGCGCAAGGACGUCGACGACAUCAUCCAAGAUUUCGCGCGUUGCAGAGAGAAUAUUUCUCUAGCGUUGAAUAUUGAUCAAACUGUCAUCCUUCAAAACAUUGAUGAUCGAACAACCAUCCAUCAAUUACCGCUCGCGCAUGGUGCCUCCUUCGACUCCAAGGCUGAAGAACACAAUUCGACAUGCUUGCCUGGUACGCGCCAUAACCUUCUCCAGGGUAUCGACAGAUGGAUAGACAAUCCCAACUCAAAGAUAAUAUUCUGGUUGAAUGGCAAAGCUGGCACGGGAAAAUCGACCAUCUCGCGGACCGUAGCUUGGUCGCGUUCCAGGCAGGGUGAUCUCGGUGCAAGCUUCUUCUUCAAGAGAGGAGCUGUUGAUCAAGGGAACCUGACCAAGUUCGUGCCCACUGUGGCCCGUCAGCUGGCCUGGAGCACGCCAGCCGUGGCGCCUUUUAUCAAGAGUGCUGUCGACGCUGAUCCAACAAUUGCUGACAAGUCUGUUCGAGAACAGUUUGAGAAGCUUGUUCAAGAGCCGCUGUCAAAAGCGACGGCAACGGCGACGACAUCUCGACUGUCGGUUGUUAUCGUCGUUGAUGCACUGGAUGAGUGCGAAAAGGAUGCUGACAUCAAGCUCUUGCUCCAGCUUUUCUCAAACUUGCGCUUUGCAGGUCCUUUGUGCGUUCGAGUCCUCGUUACAAGCAGACCCGAGCUUCCCGUACGUCUUGGUUUCUCGUCCAUCGGCAACGCCCAUCAAGAGCUGGUACUGCAUAAAAUCCCGGCGCUGAUCAUUAAGCACGACAUAUCUAUAUUUCUUCAUCAGGAGUUCGCGAACAUCCGCAACAGCUUUAAUGGAGACGCUGUACAAGAGCUGAGACUGCCAGCGGACUGGCCUGGGGAAGCCAACCUCGAGAAGCUCACAGCGGCCGCGGUGCCUCUCUUCAUUUUUGCUGCAACUCUUUGCCGAUUCAUUAAUGAUCGAUAUCUCGGUAGCCCUGAUGAGCUUUUGCAGAACGUGCUCAAAGUUGCAAGUGCUGGCCAAGGCUCGAGGCUUGACAUGGCAUAUUCGCCAGUCCUGAAACAACAGGUUGUUGAUCGAUCAGGAAGGGAGAGAUUGAACAUUGUUGAGAGUUUCCGUCUUAUCGUCGGGGCCAUCGUCACGCUGGCUAACCCAUUGUCGAUGCGUGCUCUUGCACUACUUCUCGAUAUCGACAUCAGCAAAGUUACGACUAGACUAAGUGCGUUGCAUUCAGUCCUAGAUGUCCCCGUUACUCUCGACGCACCAGUGCGACUGCUCCAUUUGUCGUUUCGGGAGUAUCUAGUAGGCCUGGAGGAUAGCGAGUUGGCAGAGUUCCAGGUAGAUGAGAGACAGACUCACCAAAGCCUAGCGAAACACUGCUUGCGCGUCAUGAGUGGUGGUCUGCGUAGGAACAUGUGUAGUCUAUCUUUCCCAGGCGCGCAUCGAUACGAGUUGAGUCGUGGGCGAUUGGAGGAGAGCAUACCUUCGCAACUGCAAUAUGCCUGCAUGCACUGGGUGUAUCAUUUGACCGAAGGGGACCCUAAGCUCAGCGAUGGCGAGCAAACUUAUGGCUUUUUAAGGAAGCACUUCCUGAACUGGUUGGAAAUAAUGAGUUUACUGGGGCGAGUAAAGGAGUGUCUCGAUUCACUUAGAUUACUGGCAGGAUCUCUCGAGGAUCGCAAAGGUUCGAGCCUGUCGAUCUUUGUAUCUGACGUGCUGCGAUUCAUUCAAGCCAAUUUUACCGUGAUCGCUGAAGCACCGCUGCAGGUUUAUUCUUGUCUGGCAUUUGCACCAACGAACAGCAUUGUGAGAAGGACAUUCGAGGGAGAUAUUCCACAAUGGAUAACUACUCUGUCAAGGCUUGAACAAGACCGGGACGCAUGCCUAUUGACUCUCGAGGGUCAUGAGAAUUGCGUUAACUCCGUGGCGUUCUCGCACGACUCGAAGUGGAUUGCAUCAGGGUCCAAUGAUAGAGCUAUAGGAAUUUGGAACGCAGAGACGGGCCAAUGUGAACGAUGGCUAGGUGGUCAUAGCCUGGAUUGUGUUAGCUCGGUAGUGUUCUCAAACGACUCAAAGAAGCUAGCAUCAGCUGGUGGUGAGAUAAUACGGAUCUGGAAUUCAGAGACUGGCGAGUGUGAGCAAGAGCUCAAGGGCGCUGCAUCGGCUUUUGAAAACACGAUACGGAUUUGGAAUGCAGAGACUGGCGAGUGUGAGCAAGAGAUAAAGGAGGUAAGUAUAUAUGACGGCGAUGUGAAAGCCCUGGCGUUCUCGCACGACUCAAAGAAGAUAGUAUCGUCUGGUGGUGAGACGAUACGGAUCUGGAAUGCAGAGACAGGCCAUUAUGAGCAGGGACUGGAGGACCAUCACGGUAUUACUAUCUCAGAAGUAUUCUCGCACGACUUAAAAUGGACAGCCUCAGUUUCUGAUGACAAGACGAUACGGAUCUGGAAUGUAGAGGAGGGCAUGUGUGAACAAGAGCUCAAGGGCCAUGAUUCCUAUAUCAGCUCAAUAGUCUUCUCGCACAACUCAAAGCAAGUGGUAUCAGGGUCCCAUGAUAAGACGGUACGGAUCUGGGAUGCAGAGACGGGUGAAUGCGAGCAAGUACUCGAAGGCCAUAGUAAGUGUGUUAGGGCAGUUGCUUUUUCACAUGACUCUAAGAAGGUGGCAUCUGGCUCUGACGACGAGACAAUACGCAUUUGGGACACCGAGGAAGGCAGAUGCAAGCCAGUAGUAGAAGGUCAUGGCGACUGGGUUGGCUCAGUGGUGUUCUCAAACGACUCAACGAAGCUAGCAUCGGCUGGUGGUGAGACGAUACGGAUCUGGAAUUCAGAGACUGGCGAGUGCGAAGAGAUCCUUCAGCUUGACGAUUAUACAGGUGUCCAAUCCUUCACGGCGGAUGGGAGUGGUAUUAUCACACAUAGUGGUGUGUUUCCCUUGAAAGGUGACUCACAACCUCAUUUUACGCCGCCUCCAUCCUCAGAAGCCCCAGGCCUAGGCUGUACAGACGGUACCUGGAUCACUGUGGAGGGACAAGACUUGCUUUGGCUGCCUCCUGAAUGCCGGAAUGGGGAAGUAGCUGUUUCGGGAAGUACAGUUGCUAUAGGCUGUGAAUCGGGAAGAGUUUUGGUGUUGAGGAUAUCUAUGGACAAGGUGGCGCGGUGGAUGAAUCCAUGCAAUCCAUGA